CAGCAAAUCACUGAACGUACAAAACAGUGUUUGAUGUGACUGACUGAAGAGUGCUAGAGUCAAGACCGGGAGCGUGAAAGACGCAAAUCACAAAUCUCACAAAUGUCACUUACAUUUAAUGGCAAAUCUGAGGAACUUCAAGGAGAUAGCUGGAACCUGAUAACUACGGAGGGAAGAUCAAAGUAUGGAUGGCGAAGUUCAGUGUGUCGGAUUGGAGCUGCUGCAGUGUGUUUGGGGCUUCUUCUUCUGACUGUGAUCUUGGUGGCACACAAUACCAGUGCUAUCAAUCAAUGGGACACGAAGUAUAAGAACCUGAUUUAUGAGAUCACCAAGGGCAGAGACAAUCUGAGAGAUGAGCGAGACCAACUGAUGAUUCAUUCCAGCAACCUCACACAAGAGAUCGAGCUUCUGCAGGGACAAUACAACGCCGCGAUAGCAAGUCGUGAUAAGUUACAAGAGGAGGUCAAAAGAUUAAGUCUCAAUAGAACAGAUACAACUUGCCAUCAAGGGUGGAUAAAAUUCAACAAUAAGUGCUACUAUGUCUCUCCUAAUGGACUGAGUAAAACCUGGACAAACAGCAGAAAAGACUGUCAAGAGAGAGGGGCGGAUCUGGUGAUCAUAACCACAAAAGCUGAGCUGGAUUUUGUCAGCAGAAGCUAUGGUGUAACCUGGAUCGGUCUGCGUCGCACAGAGCAAGAACACCAGUGGAAAUGGGUUGACGGAAGCAACUUUGAGGAGGAAAGAUUCUGGCAACCAGGGGAGCCCAACAAUGUUGACGGACAAGAGCAUUGUGCAGAGGUCUCGCGUGACGCAGCGGCAUUAAAUGAUGUGCCUUGCAGUAGAAAAUUUCCAUGGGUGUGUGAGGAUUGAGGGCCUCUGUGCAGCCAAUUAAGUAUUUCAGUCUCUCCUCCUGAUCUGGAAAUAUAUAAUAUAAUGUUGUCUAUUAUGUCUGAUGACAACUGCUCCUCUUUGUUAUGUCUGUUAUAAUUUCAUUGGCUACUAAAUAUACUAGUAUAUUUCUCUCUUUUCAUGAAAUAAAAAGUAAAAAGCACCAAAAUAAACGUAAAGGUUUUAUACCCCUCUCUAGUUUUAACAAUGCUGUUAUUAAGUUUUUCUGCUUUUAUCAGUUAGUAAUUCAAAGCAUAUAGCACACAGUGUUUGUCUUGUGAAUGUGUUUUCUGUGUACUGCUUCUGAAAUGAUCAAUAAAAAGGACAAAAGAA